GAAACCAAUCUACAUGAGUUCCUACCGCCAUCAACCGCCCAACUAUGGACACAUCCGGUACACCAGCGAGGUGGAAACACACAACGCCUUAAGGCAAAUGGCGAUCUUCGUAGUAUACCUCAUAUGUGUCACCGUUGUUUGCAAUGCAGCUUCAGAAAAGUCAGUUUUCUAUAGCAAUUCCAGAAUGAUGCACUUAUUUGGACGGAAGGUUUUUAUAAAGCCCAACCAACCAAUGCAAUUUUCCGAUAUAACAACUAUAGUAGAUUUCUGGUAUUUCGUAGAGCUAGUGGCGUUGCCGCUUUUUCACGGCAGAAACUUUACUGAAGAGUAUGGAAACUACACAGAUGAGCGCAUAGAAGGGAUGGAAUUAAAUCAAACAUUUCUAGUAAAUACGGCUCCAACCCUGCGUGGAUCGAGAUUUUUGAACGAAAACAUAAUGCUUGGACCCCCAAGACUACGACAGAUUCGUGUAAGAAGCGAUUCGUGUUUAAUGAACUAUGCAUUCAUUAGAUAUUUCAAUAAUUGCUAUGCAUCCUACUCUCCGUUCGAUGAAUUGACCGACCCAGAAUAUAAAGGCACAAAAUUUUAUCAAGCGUCUGCGCUGGGGAUCACUACACUAACGGGAUCGGUUCACACAUACUCUAGUGCUGGCUAUGUUCAAAAUUUGACCUAUGAUAAGGAAGAAAACUAUAGGAUUGUGAGAGAACUUAAAAAGAUUAAUUGGCUUGACCGUGGUUCUCGUUUGGCCGUGCUCGAGUUCAAUACUUAUAAUAUGAACAUGCGCAAAUUCCAGAUCGUAAAGUUUAUUGCAGAGAUAUUACCCACUGGACUUGUGAACCCAAACAUGUAUUUUAAGACUGUCCACGAAGAUCCGCUCGAGGCAAAAGGCACCAGUUCCAGUUGGGUAUUUUAUUGUGCAAUAGGCAUGUUUGUGAUAAAUUUAUACUAUACCUAUGCUGAUAUUAAGAAGUAUAUUUUGAUUGGGAAUUACCAUUUCAUUCGAAAUAUCACAAACUAUGUAGAUGUAACCAGAACGAUGAUUGUUUAUGCAUUCUUGGUUUAUUGCAUUUACCAUUAUAGGGAAAUCUCUUAUCUUGCCAAAAAAAUCAGUUCAACAACGGAAUUCAUCCCUUUGGAUAAUUUGUCCUAUUGGCACAUUAUAAAUCGGUACAAUUUAGCUAUACUAGUAUGCCUCUCCUGGAUCUGUAUUCUCAAGUUUAUGGAUUUUAAUCCAGUAUUGAAAAAACUGGGACAUGCUAUCAGCGAUGCUGCGACUGACUUGGCGGCCUUUUUUAUAAUGUUUGCAAUUGUUUCCAUUGCUUAUGGUGUAUUGGGUUUGUUGCUUUUUGGAACCAAAAAUAUCAACUUUAAAGAUUUCAACUGGUCCGUGCUUACAACGGUCCGCAUAUUAGUGGCAGACUUCAGUUAUUUUCAGUUAGAGCAAAAAUUUCCUAUUCUCGGUCCAUUAUAUUUUAUUUCGUAUGUAAUGAUCAUGUUUUUUAUAUUACUGAAUAUGUUCCUUGCAGUGAUUGUAUUAGCCUAUCGAACGUCUCAAUCAACAAUGGUUUUUAAGCCUAGUUUUUUGUGCUAUGUCUUAAAAAAACACUUGUUUCGCUUAUCGAGAGGCAUAUUUAAACCGCCCGCUUACCCCAGUUGGAAACAGAAUAAAUCACACGGUGCUGCGUUGACCCCCGAGAAAUUGAGAGAUCUGCGUAAACAAAAGGAGCUGGAGGAUAUAGAUGAGGACUUAGAUACCUUAUAUGCUCGUCUUGAUAUGAUCGACCAAGUUCUGUAUGAUCUGACUAAGAACAUGGAUAAUAUUGUCCGAGCCGCUGAGAAGGGCGGGAAAAAGAAAAAGUAAGAGGAAAAGGUCUGAAAUAAACCUUUAAUGCAACUAAAUAGUAACACCAUUAAAGACAUUUAAAUUGUUUACAAACUAAUCCUCUUUCCUACAUUAUAAAGACGCCUAGAUAAAUAAUUAUCUACCAACAAAGACAUGACUCUGUU